GUCUUCUUCAUUGUGCCUUUAAGCUCGUCGUUGGGGCAUUCCUCUACUUUCUUUCUCUUCUCGCGCUCUUCCUCUUUGAGCGAGAAAGAGAAACCAAAUUUACACACACCCCCAAACCCAAACCCAAAACCAAUUUCAAUUCUUUCUUAAAUUCCCAAAUUCCCAAAUUCCCAAUCACCUUCUUCAUCAUCAUCAUCAACCUCUCCUUAUUCUCUCCCACAUUUCUCUCCAAACCCUAGCCCUCUCCACCCUUCCCACUCAUCAUAUUCGCAAUCGCUCCUCCCCGGCCGUCUCAAGAUUCCGUCUUGGCCGCGCCGCCGGCGCGUUUCCUUCCGUUCCGGGCUCCUCCGAUGCCGUCUCUCCCCUGAAGCCCCAUCACCUCUGCGCUUUCGAAGGGUUUGGGCGUUUAGGGAAAUGGAAGCGCCAGGUGGCAAUCUGGACUCGUAUAGAGCUCCGGUUUCGGGCAAUAGUAGCUCUAGGAGAUAUGGGAUGCUUUCGGCUUCGAAUUUUAUACAGGCGCCACUGUCUGCCUUGCUGGAGUACUCGGGGCUUCUGCGCGGCCGGUCCGGUCACCAGGAAGCCGAGUCUCUGAUUGGGGGACGCAGCGCGGCCGCAUUCAGGGAGCAGCAUCAUGCUCAGACUGAGCAGGCCAGCAAUGAUGGGGAGGUUUCGAUUAGGAUAAUUGAUGCAGGGGAGCAGGAGAAUGAUAGGGAGGGAGGGGGUUUAGUAGUUGGGCAGUUGAGGGAGAGUGGUCUUCUGCAGAAUGAUGUUUCAGGGCAGCACAUAGCGAGGGUGGGGUCUGUUAGUUUGGUAUCGGAGGAAGGUCAGGUGGAUGGUAGAACGGAUAUUGGUUCUGGAGAAGGCAUAUCCCAGUCGGUAAAUGGAGUUGCUGAUGGAGAAGCUGGUGACGGUGCUGGGGCUAAUGGUAGGGAUUCUUCUUAUCAGAGAUACGAUAUUCAGCAGGCAGCUAGGUGGAUUGAGCAGGUCCUGCCCUUUUCCUUGCUUUUAUUGGUGGUCUUCAUUCGCCAGCAUUUGCAAGGUUUCUUUGUUACUAUCUGGAUUGCUGCUGUUAUGUUUAAGUCGAAUGAUAUCCUAAAGAAACAGACAGCUUUGAAGGGAGAGAGGAAAAUAUCUGUUCUAGCCGGCAUCUCUAUUGCAUUUUCAGUUCAUGUGAUUGGUGUUUACUGGUGGUAUCAGAAUGAUGAUCUUUUGUACCCUUUAGUUAUGCUUCCUCCCAAAGUUAUACCACCUUUCUGGCAUGCAAUUUUUAUCAUCAUGGUUAAUGAUACCUUGGUCCGGCAGGCAGCAAUGGUGAUCAAGUUUAUUCUAUUAAUGUACUACAAGAACAGCAGAGGACGUAACUAUCGUAAGCAGGGUCAAAUGCUUACUUUGGUUGAGUAUCUACUUCUGUUGUACCGGGCCUUGUUACCAACACCAGUUUGGUAUCGUUUCUUCUUGAACAAAGAAUAUGGUAGUCUCUUUUCGUCACUAAUGACGGGGUUAUAUUUGACCUUCAAGCUUACAUCUGUUGUUGAGAAGGUACAAUCUUUCUUUGCUGCAUUGAAGGUCUUGUCACGUAAAGAGGUUCACUAUGGGGCGUAUGCAACAUCAGAGCAGGUCGUUGCAGCUGGCGAUCUAUGUGCAAUUUGCCAGGAGAAAAUGCAUGCUCCUAUUUUGCUUCGUUGUAAGCACAUCUUCUGUGAGGACUGUGUAUCAGAAUGGUUUGAGAGGGAACGAACCUGCCCGUUGUGCAGGGCUUUGGUAAAACCUGCAGAUCUUAGAUCAUUUGGCGAUGGAUCAACGAGCUUGUUCUUCCAGCUGUUUUGAGGUCGUUCAACUGUAAAAACGAGGUGUGUUUCUGCAUUUGAAGUUCAAAUUAUGGUUCGAAGCAGGCAUCUCCUCAUCCUUGUGACUACACUGGUAUAUUCGAUUGUAUUUUUGCUGUGCCUUGUUCAUGUUUACCCCUUGGAAAGAGAGUAGUUAGGUAUAACUGAACUGACUACUGUUCAUACAGAAGUUGUAUUGAGAAAAUGUCAAAAAUGUAUGUAAUUCACCAAUUAAGCAACAAGAAAUUCCUUUAAUCACCAUUUGCGUUGAUAUCUAUAUGUUUGCCUUCAAUGAAAUUUAGCCUGGCUCCCCUUCCAUUAUUGUU